CGAAAGGUGGGCGAAUGGAAGAUCUUCAGGUGCAAGAUCAUUUAUGUUAUUUAAUUUUGUGUUAGUAAAUCUUCAUUACUUUAGCACAUAAACACGGUGGAAAAUAAGACGUCAUGUCAUCCACUUACGACGCUUGGACAUACAAUUAAAAAAUCUCGUUCAGCGUGUGGAACAGACGCAGUCGUCUUGAUCCCAUGAGAGGUAAAUUAUAAAAGGCUAGGAUUCUGAUUGAAUCCUGAAAAAAUAGUGAAGAAAAUAAUGUCAUGGCACGCUAAAUGUUGUGUGUAGAAGAAAAUACUACGGGCUCUUCCUGCGUUUAGCAGCUGUGUAUUUUGCGUUUAAGGUUAUGUGGGAUUUGAACUUUGAAGACGGAACAUCUAGUUAAGUGAUAUGAUUUUUCGCAGCAUUAUGCUGCGUUCAGUUUCUAUGUCUAGUUGGCGCGGAUUGCUAAGAGCAACUGCUCUGCCUUUGACGAGGCUUUCUAGUUCCUCGGCAACGGCAGCAACUGGCCCCGUUGCAGUCCCUUGCGAAGCCGAAGACACAUCAGAUAAGACGGCAGAGGAGGCGUCGCAAGCAGUCGGUUCGGCGACCGCACCGGGUGGCUCGCAGCCUGCCCUCGGGACUGCCAGGAGGAAGGCUCUGGUUGCAGCCGCCAUGGAGCUGAGCUCACCGGGGGCACCGCUGGCAGAGGAGGCCCCUGGUGGCACGGCACCGAAGGAGAAGAAAACAGCUGAGCCGUCAAGUGCACCGACAAAACAACCUGCUACACCUGUCGACAAACGAGAAAUUAAACGACCACGAAAAGGCCCCGCAAUGGCUACGUUAUCUGCGACUGGGGAUUUGAGUGUCAUUUUGGGCAUCACCGGUGACGAUGAAGCGGCACGAAUGGUGCCCAGUCUUUCGACAGACCAGAAAAUAAGGGUGUUGUCGAAGCUCUCCUCACAGCGCCGUAGGUCGGUGACCCUACUGAGGUCACUGGCCGCGUCCAUAACGGCUCAGAGCGAGCCACUUGGCCUCAAGCGGGCUGCCGAUGUUCUCUACGCUGCUGCUACCCUUAAUUUCCCGGACGGUCCGCUGCUGGAGAGAGCGGUCAGCGACGCCGGAACUGCUCUGUCGUCUGGUAGUGCUGGGGCAGAAGGCAAGGCUGCGGCAGUGAGGUCUGUCGCCACCAGUGUCGGCUUGCUGAGGUACAGGGACAUAGAGCUGAUGGAGCACAUGUCGGAUUGGGUGCUGUCUCAGCUGCACAGUUGUCGCCCACAAGACCUGACUGCCGUACUGUUGACGUUUGCCGCCGUCAACUAUGUGCCAUCAAAUGCUGACGAGUUCUUUCAGGCUGUGCUCCCCCUACUGAGAGAGGCAGACUUCCCCGGGCCAUCCAUGUGGUUGGACACCGUGUGGUCGCUGUGCGUCCUCGGAAGAGCUACCCCGGAGCAGACUGCGUCCGUCCUCUCCCCGGAAUUCCUGCUGCGAUUAGCGAGAACCUCGGGACGAGCAGAUUCGCUUGGUGAAAUUCCUCCAGGCAGCAAGCUCAAGCUGCUGAAUGUGAAUGCAGUUUCACAGUACUUACUCCCUAACUACAAAGGGCCGCUGCUGUCACCCACGUCCGAUGUGGCAGCAGUUCCCAUCGCGCGCACCAAGGCGAGGCAGGCACUUGUCGCAUCUGUGCUCGAUGCGCUCACCAACCUCCUGCCGUCGGCGACUUACUUGCGCUCCAGUGUCAACACUGGCAUGGGAUUCCUGCUGGAUGCCGAAUGUCUCAUUGACUCGAAGUGCAAUCCUUUACCGCUGCCCCAGCCAGACAACAAGUCCUCUCCACCUCGGAGUUUUGACAGAAAGGGAUCAAAGGUAGCAGUGCUGGUGUGGAGCUACGCGGAGGUGUGCCGCGGGCGCGGUUCCCCACCCCCUCCUGCGGGUCCUGCCGCACUCGCGGAGAGGUUACUGACAGCCCGCGGCUACCGCAUUCUUCGGGUACACCACGCGGAGUUUGCAGGUGUCGGUGACAGCCUGGUGAAGAGGGUGCAGUUCCUGGAGAGGCGUCUCAAACAGCUGGCCACUGCACCGUCCCCUAACGGCUAGCUCUAGUCUCAGGUUGCACAGAAGAAGGUACAGUGACAUUGUAGCAAUGGACAGGAACUGGACAGUGUGAGCAAAGGCAGAAACAGGAAUAUCUGGACAAGAGAACUGCUCUCUCUCUCCAUAAUUUAUUGUUUUGUCUUUACGUGUGGUGUUAAUGUGGUGGUGUGUAGUGCUGCUGAUGUCAAACUAACAAUGUGACCAUUAUUUAUAAAUAUUACUAUUUAAUUGCUGUUCA